CAGACGCAAUUAACUAAUACUUUGAUACAAGGCUGUUCAGCAUGCCGGCAGAUUAAUCUUAUGCUCGUCUGCCCAUACCAGUCAGGUAGCUGGUGGAAUCCGCUUUCUAGGAUAAGUCUCGAGCAUAACUGCUCAUGCCUGUCUCUGAAGCCCUCAAGUAUAACAAGGUUGCCAUGCCCUCCAUUGUAACUGCCUUGUCUAGUAAUCCCCUCCCUAGUCCUGCUUUCAUAGUCAUCGCUACAUUCCUAUGCAGCCAUGGUCACUUCCGACGUCGUUACUGCGACUGCCACCGCAGAAACCAUAACGCACCCUUCGGUGAAUAAUGCUUCCUCCGUGGGCGAGGAAGCAAAGGUCCAGGAUGCCGCAACAGCUGAUGCGAUUCUAUUAGAAACUUUAGGAUACAAGCCUGUCCUACAUCGCACAUAUGGCUUAAUUGAGAAUUUCUCUACAACUUUCGCUGCGCUGUACUUCGUGGGCGGAGUUCGAGUCACCUUCAGUACUGGUAUUGCUGCUGGUGGAAAUCUAGCAUACUGGACGAGUUAUAUUAUCACCUGCGUCUUCACUUUCAUUACCGCUGCUGUCAUCGCCGAGGUGUGCUCGGCCUCGCCAUCUGCUGGUUCCAUCUACUUGUGGGCUGCAGAAUCAGGAGGUCCUAAAUACGGACGACUCUUUGGAUUUGUGGUGGCUUGGUGGAGCACUACAGCAUGGACAACGUUUUGCGCCAGCAACACUCAAGCUGCUGUCAACUACAUGCUUUCUGAAAUUACCGUCUUUGGCCUGGACUUCCCCUCAGACUCCUCUGAUGUCAAGUUCCGAGCAGUUCAAUGGAUCUGCACUGAAGUGCUUCUAGGAUUAGCCGUUCUCGUCAACUUUCUGCCUCCACGCUUGUUCCGCUAUGUGUUCUACUGGUCGUCCUUCUUCGUAAUUCUAGACUUCCUCCUCAACGUCAUCUGGCUCCCAAUUGGAACAGCUAACACACUGGGUUUCCGUACUGCCGAAGAAGCGUUUAUGACUACCUAUAACGGCACCGGUGCCCCUGAUGGCUGGAAUUGGUGUCUUUCCUAUCUUGCAACGGCUGGCAUCUUGAUCGGAUUUGAUGCUUCGGGCCAUGUUGCAGAAGAGACCAAAGAUGCAACUGUUAACGCGGCAAGGGGAAUCUUCUGGAGCACUGUAGUGAGCGGAAUCGGUGGAUUCUUAACAAUCAUCCUGUUCUUGUUCUGCGUUCCUGACGCUGAUACGCUCUUCUCCUUUGGCUCCCCGCAACCCUUCGUCCCGCUCUACGCCGUUCUCCUCGGCCAAGGCGGACACAUUUUCAUGAACGUGGUCUGCGUCGUAGCAUUGUGGCUGAACACUAUAAUCGCCAUAGUCGCCGCCUCCCGCCUCGUCUUUGCCGUAGCCCGUGAUGGGGUCCUCCCUUUCUCCGGCUGGGUCUCGCACGUCUCCGCCGAAGGCCAACCUCGUAACGCCGUCCUCGUAGUCUGGGGCAUUGCCAGUAUCGUCACCUGCACGAUCCUACCAUCGGGCGUUGCUUUCACUUCCCUGAUCUCCGCAGCAGGUGUCCCCUCUGCAGCUGCAUACGGCUUGAUCUGCUUCGGGAGAUUCUUCCUCACUCCAAACAAUUUCCCCAAGCCUCGAUGGAACCUGGGAAGGCUGAGCAAGCCCUUCCAGUUCAUUGGCAUUUUCUGGAAUGGCUGGGUCGUGGCCAUAUUGUUUUCCCCAUAUGUUUUCCCUGUUACUGGCGAGAGUUUGAACUAUGCACCAAUAAUCAUGGCGGUAGUGACGAUCUUUGCCCUUAUUUCCUGGUGGUUCACCCCCGAAACCUCAUGGCUGCCUAAAACCCGCAUCGCGAACUUCAUCGAGAGUAAGGGCGAGGGCGACUUGUUGGAUGCGAAUAAGGGAAUAGUGCCGACAAAAAAUUACUAAUCCUCUAGCUGUAGAGAAUUAUAGUAUAUAAAGAAGGA